UCUGCAGAGCAGGAGGACAAUUGUGCAGUGAAUCUCUCGAGAAUAUAGGGAUGGCAGGAGCUGCAGAAAAUACUGCUGCUGUCAUUGUGGUGAAUCAGACACCCCCUUCUAUCCGUGCAAUGGAAGGGUCAGAGUUCACCAUCGAGUGUACAUUCAACACAAGCAAUAAUUCAACCAAGUGGUUUGCUGAAUGGUAUAAAACCAGAAACUAUGUAACAGCCAAGGUGAACAAUGGAACAGAUCGAAUCAUAUUAUCAGCAGAUAAAGAAAAGAGGUCUCUUUCCCUCACUGUGAAGAAAGCCGACGUCACUGAUUCUGGAACCUACGUAUGUUGGGUUGGGAGCAAAGAUGUGAUAUAUCCUGGGAAUGGAACCCAAGUGACCAUCAAUGGACAACCCAAAGCACCUGUGAAGUGCAAAAAAUUAUGCACUGAAUUUUCACGAAAAGAAAUACCCCAGAAACUGUUGAAGACCUAUAGGAAGACAGAACCAUCAUGUCCCAAAGCCGCUAUCAUAUUUGUCACUAAGAAGAAUAGAGAGUUCUGUGCAGACCCAGAGGCGAGCUGGGUGAAGGAAGCAGUCCGACAGCUAAACCAAGCAAGUGCCCCUCUGAAUCCGCCACUUUCAAGCACCAUCACUUCUGCAGUUGUGCAAGAAGGGGCAGGCGUUUUUCACAGAGUAGUUGGCGAUGCUGGCUCUAAAUGUUUGCUUGCCCAUGUUGCAUGCACACCCAUUGAAAUUCCCAAGUUGAUGGUGAAUCAGACCCCAGCCAAUAUCCAGGAGUCAGAAGGGUCAAAUCUCACCAUGGAGUGUAGAUUCACGGAAUUGAAAAACCACAGGACCUUGGAUGUGAAAUGGUAUAAACAUAACGGAACUGGGGGAACGAAGAAGGAGCUGAUGAGCGAAAGAGGCGGGGGCUCCGCAGCCCUGGAUUUGGAAAAGGGUUUUGCUUCGUUCACUCUGAAGAACGUGAAUGUAACCGAUACAGGAACCUACGUGUGUGAGGUGGGGAGCACAGCUGGGAACUUGUCUGUGUCAGGAGCCGGAACCCAAGUGACCAUCACUCCUGCUGUCAGUCGGACAAUAUGAGGAUCAGCUGUUACAGCGUACACCUGGAGAUGGAGCUCUCAGACACCUGGUACCCAGGCAUCCCCCCAACACCGUGUUGACCAUCCUGCCUGCCAGAUUCUGCACCUGCAAAUAAACCUUGAACUGAAUGGAAGGGAGGGGAGGGGAUGCUGGAUAACUGGAAAGGGAGUUCACGGGUGUUCAUAUUAAAAAGACUCCUCCCUGACACCCCUCUUUGAGGCAGCAGAACCUGGUGAUCGGUGGUGGCUUAGGCAGUCUCAGUGGCAUCCGAGCCAUAGGAAAAUAUGAGAUGAACAUUUCUGUCACCUACAGAUUCCCCAUUGUGCUACCUAGCAAUCACUUUAGAGCAGGGGUGGGCAAACUGGCCUGCGGGCCAGAUCCGGCCCAUCCGGGCUUUCAAUCCAGCCUGCAGGAUUGCCAGCCCCAUGGCACAGUGGGGCUAAGGCAGGCUUCCUGCCUGCCCUGGCCCCACACCACUCCCAGAAGCAGCCGACACCACAUCCCUGUGGCCUUUGGGUGAAGGGGGCAUGCGCUGCCCUCGCCUGCAGGCACCACCCUCCCAGCUUCCAUUGGCCAUGGUUCCCCCAUUCCCAGCCAAUGGGACCUUUGGGGGUGGUACCCACAGGUGAGAGCAGCGUGUGGCAGAGCUGCCUGCCCCCACCCCACCCCCAGGAGCCAGUGCUGGACAUGUUGGCCACUUCUGGGAGCGGCACGGGGCCAGGGCAGGCAGGGAGCCUGCCUUAGCCCUGCUGUGCGCUGCUGCCACACCGGAGCCACUUGAAGUAAGCAGCCAGGCCAGAGCCUGCAUCUUGGACCCCUCCUGCACCCCAAAUCCCUGCUCUGAGCCUCCUGCUGCACCCUACACUCUUUCCUGCAUCCCAACCCCAUACCCCAAUCCUACAUUUAUGGCUCUGCAUACAAUUUCCCCACCCAGAUGUGGCCCUUGGGACAAAAAGUUUUCCUACCCCUGCUUUAGAGGCUCGUGGAACCCUUAAAGUUGAAGAUGCUCAGAAGACGAGCCAAAACCUCUUCCCUAUUGUCAUAAAUAAACAGAUCAGGGUUAAGGUCUCUUUUACCUGGAAAGGGUUAACAAGCUCAGUAACCUGAGAAACACUUGACCAGAGGACCAAUCAAGGGACAGGAUAAUUUCAAAUCUCUG